AAUUAAGAACAUGAUUAAUGAAUUACUUACGUGAAAAUAGUGAUCAGUCGAUUAAAAUUUUCAGGAUAAAUCUCAGUCAUAUGUUUGAUGAGGUGAGGUGAGAAAAACCCAAAAGCAUCAGAUAAAAGGUAACACACAAAUGUGAACUCCAGUCCAAUCAUAUGUCAGGAUCUCGUCAUCAGCAUAAUUAACGGUACGCAUCUGCACCUCUCCUGUGUACGGUUCUCUGUGUAUUGAUUUUGUAAACAAUCUGUCAGUCUCUGCGCUAUUGCACGUGGCGCCUUCAACCAUCGAUUGCGUAAUCGACUCCCUGGAUUAACUGGUUAUCAUGGGGAAAAGUGCAAGAAAGAACAAGGAGAAGAAGAAAGACUUCCAGAAGGUCAAGCUCAAGGUUGGAAAGAAGUUGGCCAAGGCGGACAAUGUGACGGAUACCACAUUCAAGUCCCGUUCUAUUCAAAUCAGAGAACAAUUAAAGGCAUCAGCAAAUGAUGGAGAUCAACCUGUCACACCCAGAAAACAAAACAUUCAAGAACUUCUUUGUCAAGUGAACCACUACAACUCUUCGGUACGCAGCAAUGCCAUUCAAGGAAUCAAAACCCUGCUCACGACCAACCCAUCCCUCAUCCCGGAACACCUCCCUGCCCUCAUCCCCACCCUCUCCACCAUCAUGACCGACAAGGAGGGGGCGGUGCGUCAGGCAGGUACCACCCUCUUACGAGUUGUCAUGGAUACGCUUGCAUCUCAGCAGAUGUCGCCAUUCUUUCCUACGAUCUGCAUGCAUCUGUGCUGUGCGAUGACGCAUAUCCAAGAGGACGUCCAGCUUGAUUCCUUGUCUGUCAUGGAAACUGUUCUCCAACACUACCCAGGUUUGAUUGCUCCCCAUUGUAAGGAGCUCCUGACAAAUUUCAUUCAUCUCAUCUCCCAGCAGAGGAACAAACUUGGUAGCUCUAGUAGCCUCAAAGUCAACCCCAGUGGCAAGCUUGCCGGGCAGAAAUGGAGACUAAAGGUCCUCCAAAUGCUACAGAAAUUUCUUGAUGUCAUGAGGGAGUCAAAAGAAAAGGUGUUUUUACCAGACAGGAGUAACAUACAUCACACUAUCAAGGUCAAGUCUGAGGGAGGCAAACCAACAUAUGCUCCCAUCUUGAAAGCUAACGGAGCAUUCAGCGGCAGACCAAAACCAUUUAUCUUAAGAAAUGACCAAUCAGCAUCAAGCCUUGGUGUUGACUUCCUGUCUGAUCCCGACGCUAUACUGGACGUGGCGAAGACCUUGAUCCCACUCCUCCUUCAAUGCUGGGGAGAGGUCAAUCUUCCUGCGAAGGUCAAGGGUCAGGGAGGGGUCACCAUCGGUCAGAAGGAGGAGGAGACGUUAGGAUGUGUGCUAGCCAUCUUACAGACUGUCUGGGUGAUCUUAGACAGAGCUUGUGGUGAAAAAGGCAAUCUUAGUGCUCUGGAUGAGCUGAGGAAGACAUACCAACGCAAAAUUGGACAGCAGUUCCAGCAAGGGUUUCCAUACGCACUCCACCAGCAUGCCUAUACCUCCAACAAGAAGGGUAAUAGCAAGCCCCCCAUGGGGUCAUCUGGAGCCACGCCCAUCAACCUGUCUGCUUGUAACCUUGUAUUGAGUAUCUUGGUUGCCGAGGGUAACAAGCCACGCCCAUGGAUGGGCAUGGUGAGGGAGUUCGUGGAGGAUGUGUUGAGAGAAGAAGAUGGGGAGUAUCCCUUGGGUCAGAAGGAGCAAGAAGUCUUGAUGGAUGUUGUACAGCGGAUGAUGGGCAAUCCAGCAGACGAUGAGACCAUUAAGAGCCUUGAAGAUGCCCUGUUUGUGUAUUACAGGAGAGCCCAUCCUCUAUCACAGCAGAAGCUAAGAGCUCUGAAAGGUUUAAGAUCAGUCUGUCUGGAUAGAGCAAGGCCGGAUUAUGAUAACGUAUCUGAGAAGCUGCCAACGUUCUUUGAUAGCCUGGGUAUGCUGAUAGAGGAAGCCAGGUCUAGCCCACUAGGUAUCUCCCAGGAGGCCCUUCAUACUCUGCUGGUUGCUGCAUCCAGAGGUCAUAUCCAAGCAGUUCAGUGUAUGGAAAAACACUUGCCACAAUGGCUUUCUCCUGACAAUGCUUUGAUGGACAGUUUAGAUGAAUCAACUCAACGUCGUCUGUUAGAAUGUCUUUACUAUCUCCCGUCCUUGAACUCAUCUAUUAUGAAGGAGCUUACCAGAUACUGCUGCAAGACAAACUCAGAUGUGAACCUACCUGUCUAUAUCAUCGCAAAUAGAUGCUUUGAUAAUGUGUUUGGAACCUGUGGGAGACCUCCUUUGUCACAUACUGACUUCAUUGACUUUGUAUUUGAUGUGUCCAUGGGUACAUCAAGUGAAGACUUGUCAUCUCUUACAUACAAGAUGAAAUCAUCAGAGGAGAAGUCAGAAUCCCUUCAUCCCUUCUAUCAUAUCAUCCAUGGCAACAGAGAGGUGGAACUUCUGCGGAGAGCUCAUGCUGUAAAUAAGAUUGCAAUGCAAGUUUACAAGAGGCACCCUGAUCCGGUAAAGGCCAUGACAAGGGUUCUUGAUCUCAUUCAGGAAGCAUUGAAGACUUUCCGAUAUCUUCCUUUAUCUACAGUGUUAAGCUUCCUAGAACAUGCCAUGCUUCAAAGGUACAUGUUAGAAAAAUCAUCCUCAAAGUCACCCUCAUCAUCAUCAUUGGGACUCCAAAGUGUGCCACCACCAGGAGAAACAUCAUUGGACAGUAUGCUUGGAACGUUAGCAUUCUCAUUAUUGUAUGACGCCUUGAGAAGAAAUGCUGCUGAUUUGCCGAGAGAGGAGGAAGAAUACAAUAUGGAGCUACGGAGACUGGCCGUAGAUCAUGUGACCUCGUUAAGAGACGAGUCAGUCGGAUCAUUAAUAGAUUGUGCACUCACUGUAUGCAAAGCUCACUCAGAUGACCGUCAUGUUAGCAGCAUCAUAGUUCAUCUUCUACAGAAUGGGAAUGUUAGGAGAAGUAUACAAAUACAUGUCAACAAACUCCUUGAAUUAGUACAUCUUAUUGAGGAGAAUUUAGGAGCUCCAAACGAAUGUAGAUGGCUUGCUGAGCUGAAAUAUGAAGUCCAACUGCUAGUCAAGGAUGUCCAAUCAGAUACAUGAAACCUUUAACAGGGUUCUCAGCCCAUCAGGGAAAUCAGAGCAAAUUAUUUUACUUUUUCCAGUCAGGGAAAAAUCAGGGAAUUUGAUAAUAAUUA